GAUAUUUGGAUGGAUCUUUCAAAACGUGAUAAUACUCUUCAGACUUUAAGAUACUUAUUGGAUAGUGGAUCUGAUAUAAGAUACGAUAAAUAUAUCAGAACUAAUUUACUAUUACAAAUUGAUAUUGAAGAAGAAAGUGCUACUGAAAAUAAUUCCAACUUGAAAAUUUCAUCUAUUUAUUUUGACUUUCAAAAUAUUUGA